CGCUUAACCAUUAACUGUAUCAUGCCCUUAAGUCUGACUGAAUCGCGCCCCUCCCAUAAGUUUGUGUCGCACCACAACAGCAUCGCUGUGUUAUACUGACCAGAUAUCAUAGAACUGACAACCAACAACCAACGGUUUUACCAUGAAGGGAUGCUACGCACUGACAGCAUUGGUUAUCUGCAGUUGCAUGCACUACUCGCUAGGAGUCCUUCCAGGAAACCCCCGGAUUGUGGACUUGACCCACACCUUGCUGAACGGUCUGGUGUACUGGCCAGGGGAGGUGCACUAUCAGUGGAACAGAGGAUUCAGAGGUCAGACCCCGGGCGGCUUCUAUCUGGAGAAUAACGACUUCCAGUCAUCUGAGCACAGCGGGACCCAUGUGGACGCGCCUGCGCACAUGGCACAGGGCAGGUGGAAAGCCGACCAGAUCCAGCUGUCCCGCCUGACGGGCCCGGGUGUUGUGGUGGACCUGUGGGAGAAGAACGUGACGUCAGACUACCUGGUGUCACAGCAGGACUUCCAGGACUGGGAGGAGCAGCACGGGAGGAUCCCGGACGGCUGUAUUCUCAUGAUCCACACAGGAUGGGCAAAGCGUUACUGGGACGCCGGUCAGCUGGCCUUCAUGGGCUCCACAAACGAGUCCGGUCUGAGCUUCCCCGGUCUGGACCCGGCCGCCGCGCGCUGGCUGGCCGACAACCGCGCCAUGCACGCCGUGGGGAUAGACACCUGCUCCGUGGACGCCGCAAAAACAGAGGCCAAAGGUAGCCACACGACCCUGCUGGACUUGAACAUCCCCUUCCUGGAGAACGUGGCGAACCUGGACCAGCUGCCCGCCACCGGCUCCACCAUCUUCGCCCUGCCCAUCAAGAUCGGCGGCGGGAGCGGCGCCCCGGCCAGGAUCAUCGCCGUCAUAGAUGGGGGCACCAGCGCAGCAGCCAGAGGGCCUGGACCGAGGCUUGUUGUGCUGGCUUUGUCAAUCUUAGCAUUAUACGUCAUUUAAGAUAAGACGGCAAGUGUACGACUGUACUAUAAGCCUUCUCACAUUAGUCAGGACGCAUAUGCGGCGACAGGAAUUCUAGGUAAUAUGUCAAAGUGUAA